UGAUCUGAUAUCAUUGAACAAAAUUGUUAACAAAUUCCCAAUUUGUUGCAAGGCUGUACAGAGUGUAUGAUUGUAUUGUCAGUGCAGGUAGCACCAGAUUGCUCCAAAUUAUGUUUACUCGAAAAAUUGUUCAAAAAUACACGUUUCAUUUAAAGCCAAAGGCACACACACAGAUUACCUGUGCACCAUUAUUGUAGACACUUAACCAAACCACAUCAAAUAACUAAAUUCGCUAGAUCAGCCAGAAAAGGGGACUGGUGAACAAAAUUUGUGAAUUUUCGACAUCAACAUGGUCGAAUACAAUCGCCAGCCGUGUCCCAUACGGAUUGUAGAGGACUGUGGCUGUGCCUUCAUGAUGGGCUGCAUCGGUGGCUCACUCUUUCAAUAUAUUAAGGGAUUUCGGAAUGCGCCGACGGGUCUGACUCGCCGGCUCUAUAGCGGCGUGGAUGCGGUCAAAAUGAAGACACCAGCAAUAGCAGGCAGCUUUGCCAUCUGGGGCGCCACCUUCAGUACCGUGGACUGUGCAAUGGUCUAUUAUAGACAGAAGGAAGACUCGUGGAAUUCGAUAGUCAGUGGCGCUGCUACGGGCGGCAUUCUCGCAGCGCGCAACGGACUCAAGGCAAUGGCCAACAGCGCAUUUGUUGGGGGUCUGGUGCUGGCGAUGAUCGAGGGCGCUGGCGCAGCAGUGGCCACCAUAUAUGCCGCCGAGUCCCUGGAAGACGCAAGCAAGCCGCAGCGUCCUCAAUGGGAUUAUGUUGACUGUGAAAACAGUUUGGCCAAGAAUGAAGAAAUUCUAGACUUGGAUGCAAGAGCGGUACAGGAAAUUGUCAAGUUUUCGGAACAAUGCAAGGUCUAUACGCCACUGGUGGUGGCACAUCCCGUUGAUAAGGAGAACGAGGAAGAGGUGGAGCAAAAGGAAGAGCCGCAGGAGCAGCCUUUGUCCCUGCUGGAGAAGGUGAAGCUAGCGAAUCUAUUUUAAACUUUUCUUCCGGCCGUUUUACGUUCAAAAUUAUGUGCAUGUAUUGACGUUGAGUAACAAAUAUGGAGCAUUGCGUCCCUCCUCGUAUAAGUAUUUCUAGAUAUAUAUGUAUAUAUAUAUAUUUUGUAAGCCCCUCACGUCUGAAGAGCAGUAAAAAACUACGUCAGUCAUUGUGCGGUAGCAAUAGAAAGACAAA